UGUGGUUAUUUUCAUUAGUUUAGUCGUUAGAGCACAUUUAAUAUACAGAAUAUAUAGUGAACAUAACUUAAACUUGUAUCAAAAGUCCAGAAGCAAAAGAAAUCAUCAUCGUAUUACUCAACAUUUUCGUCUGAACCAACGGUUGAAAAAAAUUAUUAUACACAUAUUUCGCACAACAAAAUUGCAAACAGAAUAUGCAAUUGAGGGAAGAGAACUCAAUACAUAGUAAUCAUCACAAGCACAUACAUACACAUGUACAUGUACAUAUAUUCUACAUAGUAGGUACAUGUCUGCGUUGCAGUGGUAGUGCAUCCAAUUAUUAGAUUCUAAUACAAUCAGUCUGCCUUUUCUCUCCAUUCUUCAAUGCAACGCUGCAUGCUUUGUUUGUGUGUAUAUUCAAAUUCAUUAAAGUUAAUCAUUACAGAGCUGAUUAGAGUCUGAUAGCAGAAUAAGUUUUGUUCAUUUUCGUUUUAGAAGUAAAUGGAGAUGCACACAAUUUAAGCAGUUUAAAAAAUAGGAUUUAUUCAGCCAUCUAGCAUAAUAUAAAUACCCUAUGAAACAGCGUGGUCGGUGUCUUCAGCGUGCAUACAUAUGCAAAAGUUGUACUUAUGUAUGUACAUAGAAUAGCCUAACCUCAAUUGACCAGCUCAUCCUCAGAGUGAAACAACAACACCUCUUCUUUUUGCUCAUACUCAAAGCCCAAACUUCAAACUUUAUUCGCAACAUCAACUUGCCAGUCGAACCCACAAAGUUACGUUUGUGUUAUAAAGAAAGAUCCUCCCCAGUGAAUACAAGAUAUUAAAUAGUCGGGCGAGUUUCUAUCUUUCUUCAGGGUGUGGAAGUGCGUGGAGAAGUAGUGAAAAUGUUCCGUUUAAUAAUAUGAUACAGAUCCUCGUAAUGGAGCAGAUAUCUCAACGUUCAAAAGUUUGGAAAUCAUCUUAGGAUUGGUGGUUGGAGAGAGCAGUGCAUGAAAGGAAACAAAUUUGAUCUUGUGCGGUCUUGGAUAAUAAAACUUUUAGCUAUCUGCUUGAAAACGCAGAUAUUGCUGUUUGGAUUUUAAAACUGGAUACACAUACACAUGUACAUCAAGUGAAGGGCAAGGGAACAAACUUGGACGCAGCUAACAAAGACUUGGGAUACUGCGAGAAAUUUUCCAUCCCUUCCAAAUAAAUGCAUGAAGAUCUAUCUCCCCGAUUAGGGAAUUUUCUCGAGAACUCAGGCGAGAUAAAUAAAACUUAUACGUAGUGCAUCGCAUUGCGAAAAACUUCAUUGGGCUACAUACAACGCGGGUGCAAUUUCGUGAAAUGGCUACAAGUGACAGAAUAAUGAGUGCGCCAUAAUCUAACUACGCAACAUAUCUCGACACCAAUGUUUGUGGGCGAACUUCCUACGAUGGACGAGCCUGGGGGAGAUGAGGGCCUGACUUUCGACUUGGAUUAUUCCUUUCAGAAAAUGAAUUUAUCAGCAAGAGAAAUUACGCAGAUUUACCCCAUCGAAGAAUGUGUGGAGCUUUUCGGAAAUCAGUCCAACGUUCCAGCACAUGUGGGAUGUCUCGAACACGCUCCUGUCCUGACUCAGUCCACGGUCAUAAAAAGUUUGAUUCUCUCACUGAUGGUGAUUCUCUCUCUGGUGGGCAACGUGGGGACAAUGGUGAGCAUAAAGAAAUCAAAACGCCAGAGAUCCGCCCAUAUUUACACAUUGAUCUAUCACCUUUCGAUCGCGGACUUGUUUGUCACCGGCUGGUGUAUACUCGGAGACGCCAUUUGGUCGUUGACAGUCGAAUGGAUGGCUGGCAAUAUUGAGUGCAAGAUAUUUAAAUUCUUCCAAAUGUUCAGUCUCUACUUGUCCACAUUUAUCAUGGUCCUAAUCGGCGUCGACCGAUUCAUUUCUGUCAAGUACCCAUUGAAGUCGAUGCGGAAUGGACUAUGUUUCAAACUAAUUGCAGUGUGCUGGGUUGCAAGUGCGGUACUAAGUUUACCACAGAUGGUGAUUUUCCACGUAAAACAGGGACCCUUUGUGGAAGACUUUUUCCAGUGCGUUACGUAUGGAUUUUACACGGCGCCCUGGCAGGAGCAUCUGUACACCGUAUUCACUCUGAUCUGUGGAUUUCUCCUUCCUCUCUUCAUCCUUGUGACCACCUACAUCCUCACCGUCGUCACUCUUCAUCAAUAUGCAUAUGAUGGGGAGAUGUCAAGACGAAAUUGCAUCUCACUCCUUAUAUCACAAUUGUGCUCAGCCCUGCAGCACUGUACUUGGCAGAUGUAUGUAUGGAGGCUGCACAGGAUACAGGAUCGGGUUUGCAUAAAAUAUGGAGAUUUCAGUCUAAAGGGUAACGAGGAGAUCUUGGAUCACACUGGAACAUUUCGUACUCUCAUCGAUCCAAAUCGGAGAAAGUUACUCAGAAGGGCCAAGAUGAAGAGCCUGCGAAUCUCGGUUGCCAUUGUUGCAAGUUUCAUUAUUUGCUGGACACCCUAUUAUGCGGUGAUGAUGGCGUAUCUCUUCUUCGUCCCUAACAAAGAUCAAAUUAUUAAUGAAGACCUCUACUCUGGUUUUUUCUUCUUCGGGAUGAGCAACAGUCUUUUUAAUCCGCUUAUCUAUGGGAUAUUUCACAUUUGGACACCACGGAGAAAGGAGUUACAGCGAGAAAUAUCUAGCCGAAGGACGUUGUUGACCAGUAUCAGUUUUCAUCGUCAGAGAUCUAGCGGAACUUUACUAAAUGGGUCUCUCCUUAGCAGGAAUGUGAACGCGGAGUGCGGCCAAGGUCACUCAAUGGCGGAUGGGUACCACUCCCAACAACACCAUCACCACCUUCACCGCAACGGAACAUUUGGAACGAGUGGGAUCUCAUCAAAGGACAGUGUGAGGACAAUGAGCACAUCCUUCAGCAACAAACAGACCAAAGAGGAGUUUCUGAAUAGAAAAAAUAGUCUGAGUGAGCAGAACAAUCACAAUGUGAGCCACACCCCCAAUCUCCACAAUGACAAUCAGGCCACCCCUUCAGCUAAAGAACCCCCACCCGAAACUCACAUCUGUAUCUGCAACAAAAAGGGUAUAACUUCCCCCAAUGCCAUUGAAAAUCACGUGUAGAUUGCCUGAUUUUCUAUUUAUGAAAUGGGAUAAGUAAAUGUUUAAUAUUAUUUUGUAAAUUCUUUUUUUUACAACCAUCCAUGCACGAAUAACUUUUAGAGAAACGGGAGUUCAAAAAUAUUCCUUUUGUUAUGCCUUCCUUAUAGACUAUUACUUUUAUGCAUAUGUAUGUUUUUGAGGCGAAACAAUUAUCAAUAUAAUAGAUCUGACCAUUUUUUUACAAUCAAACCACUCAAGUUGCUUUGUUUUUAAGCUAAUCCUAAGUAUAUGGACCAUUACCUUGUUACCUCUUAAGCUUAAAAAUAUAUUCAGUCUCGUGCUACAAGAAACUCCAGUACAUAUUUAUGACCAAAUACUCGCAUUAUCUCCAGUUUUGUUUUAUGUCUUAGUGUUGCAUUCUUGUCAGGUGUAAGGAGGUGAUAAUAUGUAAUACACAAAUGCCGUACGUCCUCGAUGAAUUUUAUUUUACAUAUUAUUUACGAUUGUAAUUGAGGUUUAUGAAAAAUGAGAGGAACGGUGAGAAUGGGAUUAUCCAUUCUAAUUGGUCCGAUUUAAGGGGAAGAUGAUCUAGUUCGACGACGACACACAUUUGACUUACAAUAGAAAUCAACCCGAAUUUAACUGGAAUAUAUCGAGUAAUUACUUAACUUUUAGAUAUACACUCUUUAGAAAUAUACAUAUUUAUGUAGCACUUAAUACAGGACAUACAUUUAGGUAUACAUUGUUAGAAAAUCUAGUCAGGUAAGAAAUUAAUCCAACUCCUUAAUUAAAUACAUAGAUAUGUGUGUAAUAAUUGCGCAAAUGACUGCAAAUAUAGAGUUGUCUGUGAAUGUGGAAUCUCUUUCUUCAUUUACAGAUAUAUCUGCAAAAAUAAUUUCCAUUAGAUAAAUGUAGCACUUCGAGGCUCUCUCAAUAUUAAAUACUCCGAGCAUUUGAAGGGGAAAAAGUUGAUAAAUCAACUUCAAACUUUAUUUCCAUUUUUGUGAACUUUAUAAAGUACUCAUUGAUUCCUUUUUUCAUACAAACAAGAAUUUCAGUUUAGUACAAAUUAUUUUUAAUUUUCCUUCGAUGCACCUCAAAAUUUAAAGAGCUAAGCUAAAAAUAAAUAAAUACAUACACACAUACUUGUAUUUUUUUGACUCUGUAAUUAGGUGCGUUGCAGUGUUAUGUUGUACCUGUAGAUAUUUACAGGUAUGUACAUACCUAUCACCUAUGUAGGUACACACAGAUUUAACCUGCAUGACAUAUAUUCCACUUUGAAAUGUGAUUACAUAACUUAUGAUUAGUCAUAUGGUAGAAAUACGUACCUGUAAAAAUUUAUAUGAAUAUGUUUAUGAAAAUUAUUUAUGCUGUAAUUCGACCCUCCCAGAAAGCUUAUUAAAUAAAGCAUAUUUAUUCUUCCA